UAGCCCCAGCCACAUCCUUAUCGAUAACCGCUCCCGAUCAGAAAUUUUGGCGGGCACUUGUCAAUCGUCGUCCACCAGCCAUCCCAAACCUCCAACCUCAACCUUUGCCUCGCCCGUUCAAUCCCCUCCCUCUCCCGCAAUCAUGGGCCGCGAACUGCAGAAGAAGAAGCGCCGCUCCGGCCGCCAGCCCGUCCGCACGUCCAACAAGAGCAAGAAGAUCCUCAACCCGCGCGGCAACUCCACCAUCGCGAAGAACUGGAACAAGGACGAGACCCUGUCGCAAAACUACCGCCGCCUCGGCCUCCUCGCCCGCCUCAAGGCCCCGACCGGCGGCACUGAGAAGCGGCUCGGAGUCGCUGGCGCCGUCACCACCCGCACCUCGGCCAACGACCCCUUCGCCAUCACCACCGUCGAGAACGCAAUCAUCUCCGAGGCCCGCGUCGAGCGCGACGCCGACGGAAAAAUUGUCCGCAUCCUGGGCCACUCGCGCCCCAACCCGCUCAACGACCCGCUCAACGACCUCGACGAGGACAGCGACAUGGAGGGCGCCGACGACAAGGCCGGCGACGAGUGGGGCGGCAUCGAGGACGACGCCAAUGCCACCGAUGUCAUCAAGUCCCUGAUUGAGGAGAGCCGGGCCCCUGUCGUGAAGACGCCUCGCCACCAGAGCAGCCGCGAGAAGGAGUGGCUCGACGCCAUGGUCUCCAAGUACGGCGACGACACGGCCGCCAUGGCCAAGGACCGGAAACUAAACCCCAUGCAGCAGACGGCUGCGGACAUUGCGAAGCGUAUCCGCAAGCUGACCAAGGCCUAACAAGUUCGGGUUACGAUGCACGCGGGAAUGUGAGAGAACAAGGGUGGAUACGAUUUUUGGUUCGUCUUGGUCAAGAGAAUUGGGAGCAUCGGAUGCCAGACAUACAAAAAAGACGGCGUUGGGAGUUGGGCAUUGACAGACAAGAACAGUGAUAUAUGAUACAUAUA